UUUCUUGUUUACGCUAAAGCCGAAAAGUUAUAUAUAGAACACUCACCCACUUCUGUGGGAACGUAAAUGGGAUUUUUUGUUUGUAAUUUUGAGCAGAGCUUGCCUAUAAAUACCGUCCGGCAUAUAGGGCUCCAUUCAUUUAUGAAUGCCCAGGCCCGCGAUGAGACGGCGUCAAUCGUGUGCCCGAGAGAUUUCAAGGCUGUUGCCGGCCUUCCUGCUGGCCAUCCUGGGGUCCCUGUACCCUUUGGCGGCAAGCCAGAACUAUUGUGACCCGGAUCUAUGCCCCAGCGGCAGACACGUGGCGUGCCAGAACAGCGGUCGCUUUGCCAGCGGCUGCCGCGGCGAGUUCGUGCAGAUAGAUCCCCACAUUCAGCUGAUCCUGCAGCUGCACAACGAGCGCCGCAACCAGAUCGCCGGCGGAGGAGUGAGCGGCUUCCCCAGCGCCGUCCAAAUGGCCACCAUGAGCUGGGACCCAGCCUUGGCCCAGCUGGCCGCCUACAAUGUACUGCAGUGCCGCAUGGCACACGACGAGUGCCGCAACACCAACACGUACCGCUACGCGGGCCAGAACCUCAGCAUUCUCUUCACCCGCAGCGUGGAUGUGGACGAUUUCCUGCGCCAGCGCAUUGCCUCCUGGUUCGAUGAGAACCGAUAUGCAACCAGCGGCGACAUGGAGAACUAUCAAAUGCGUGGCGGCCCCGCCAUCGGGCACUUCACGACGAUGGUGAACGAGCGGAACAGCCGCGUGGGAUGUGCCGUUGCCCGAUUCACGGACGCCAACAAUGUGCAGGCCACGCUGCUGGCUUGCGAUUAUGCCGUUACAAAUGUGCUCAACAACCCCGUCUACCGCGCUGGUGCUCCAGCCUCCGAGUGCACCUCGGGGCGGAAUCCCACCUAUCCCAAUCUCUGUGCCGUCAACGAGAACUACAACUACAACCAGUGGUCGGGCUGAUGCCACCACCAGAUGGAGGCACGUGACAAAUUGUAAACCAAUACCUAUUACAAGCUUCAAAGUUACA